AUGGGCAACUCGCAGAGCUCGUCCAACCUCAAUGAGCCCGCGGUCGAGAAGAUCCUCAUCCAACAACUCCAGUCACUCCGCACACGCGACAAGCUCUACCAAGUCGAAACCGAGCACGAGUAUAUACAAGUCGAAGCUGAGAAGGGAAUCCCGCACUGCUACUCGACCGAUCCCUCUCUGGACAUAAAAACCGCUUCAGAAUGGGAAAGGGAACUUCUCUCCUCCCCGAAGAACCGCCUCGCAUUGAACGCCCUCAUCUCAAACGAUAUCCGCUCUGUCAUAAGCAAUAAAGUUGCAACUCUUCCUGACACACAAACAUUCAACGUCAAGAUCCCGUUUGAGGGGUCGCCUGUGACAAACCAACGCUCCUCAGGACGAUGUUGGCUGUUCGCAACCACAAAUGUGCUGCGUGUGCCGAUUAUGAAGAAAUAUAAUCUAAAAGAGUUUGAGUUGAGUCAGUCUUAUUUGUUCUUCUGGGAUAAGAUGGAGAAGGCGAAUUGGUUUCUAGAGCAAAUGAUUGACACGGCGGAAAAGGAGUUGGGAGACAGAGAGGCGCAGGAGUUGUUGUCGGCGCCGGUCAAUGAUGGUGGGCAGUGGGACAUGGCGAGUAACCUGGUCGAGAAAUACGGAUUGGUUCCACAAAAGUUGUACCCGGACAGCUACAACGCCAUGAACUCCUCGGCCAUGGGUUCGAUCCUGACAACAAAAUUACGAGAAGAUGGUCUUGCUCUGCGCGCUCUGGUCCAUAACGGAGUCUCGGCCACUACCAAAAGGUCAUCCUCGUUGGCUCUUGCAAAAGCGAAAAUGAUGCGUGAAAUUCACUGCAUCCUCACGCUCAUGCUGGGCCCGCCUCCCAAACCAGACGAGAAGUUCACAUGGGAAUUCUACGACAAGGACGAAAAGUACCACAAAACAACAAUGACGCCGCUCGAACUCGCCAAAUCCCUCUCCACACCGAGUGUAGUGAGAAGUUUGGGCGGUGCUGACGUUUCCCGUAUGUUCAGCCUCGUGAACGAUCCCCGGAACAAGUACAUGGGCCUUCUCACCGUCUCACGUCUGGGUAACGUCGUCGGCGGACGACCAAUCACCUACGUCAACGUGGAUAUGACAACGAUGAAGAGAGCAGCGAUCGCGAUGCUUCGCGCCGGCCUCCCUGUCUUCUUCGGCAGCGACGUAGGCAAAUUCUCCAAUUCGCAGAGCGGCAUCAUGGAUCCGGAACUGUACGACUACGGCCUCGCAUUCAACAUCUCGCUCAAUCUGUCCAAGUCUCAGCGCCUGAAGGUACGAGAGUCCGCGAUGACGCACGCUAUGGUCUUGACGGGCGUCCAAAUGGAAGACGACGGUAAGGGCCGCGAGAGGAGCGUGCGGUGGCGCGUGAUGAAUUCCUGGGGCGAGAGCGCUGGUGAGAAAGGUUACUUCGUCAUGACAGAUAAAUGGAUGGAUGAGUUUGUCUACCAGGUCGUGGUGGAUCCAGGUUUUGUGGCAAAGGAGGUUCGCGAUGUGUUGAAGGGCGAGCCAGUCGUUCUACCGCUGUGGGAUCCUAUGGGGGCCCUGGCAUGA